GAGCUGUGUCUCCGUGUUUACAUCGGAGCGGAGCGGCGACGAGCAGCAACAGCAGCCUCAGCAGCCUGAGCCUCGGCCUGGGGCUCCAUGCACUGUUCCCCCUGCUCUCCAGCCUAACGCGACAGAAGCACCGAGCGCGCCGCCCUGCAGCAGAGGAGAAGCGGGAGGAGGCGCGACCACACGGCGGCGGCUGCAGCAGCCACAGACACCCAGAGCAGCAGCUACUGUUACACUGCGGGCAGCAGCAGCUAGCAGCGCCAUGGACGAGCUGGCGGUGGAGGUCCGGGGGGCGAGCGGGGCUUUCUAUAAGGCCUUAAUAAAGGAUGUGCAUGAAAACACAGUCACUGUGGCUUUUGAGAACAACUGGCAACCAGAACGACAGAUUCCGUUCCACGAUGUUCGCUUUCCUCCCCCUGUUGGGGUUCAGAAGGAGAUCAGUGAAAGCGAUGAUGUUGAGGUGUACUCCAGGGCCAAUGACAAGGAGCCAUGUGGGUGGUGGGCAGCCAAAGUGCGCAUGGUGAAAGGAGAGUUUUAUGUUAUAGAGUACGCAGCCUGCGAUGCCACGCUGAACGAGAUCGUCACGUUAGAUAGGCUACGGCCUGUGAAUCCAAACAAAGCCGCUGCGAAGAACACGUUUCUGAAGAUCCGACUGGACGUCCCUGAAGACUUGCGGCAGAUGUGUGCGAAAGAGUCUGCUCACAAAGACUUCAAAAAAGCUAUCGGAGCAUUUAACGUCACAUACGACUCUGAAAAGAAACAGCUGGUUAUUUUGUCGGUCAAUGAGGUUACAACUAAACGAGCCACCAUGCUGACGGACAUGCACUUCAGAAGCCUGCGCACCAAGCUGGCCCUCAUCCUGCGGAACGAAGAGGCCAGCCGACAGUUGGAGAGCUCUCGGCAGUUGGCCUCCAGGUUCCAUGAGCAGUUUGUGGUACGUGAUGAUCUGAUGGGGCUGGCCAUAGGCACGCAUGGAGCAAACAUCCAGCAGGCCCGCAAGGUCCCUGGAGUCACCAACAUAGACCUGGAUGAAGAGACCUGCACUUUUCACAUCUAUGGAGAGGACCAGGAGGCAGUGCGGAAAGCGAGGAGCUACCUGGAGUUUUCUGAAGACAUUAUCAAAGUGCCCAGGAAUUUAGUAGGAAAAGUCAUUGGGAAGAGCGGGAAGCUGAUCCAGGAGGUUGUGGAUAAAUCUGGGGUUGUUCGAGUAAGGGUAGAACCAGAAAACGACAAAAAAACACCUCCAUUAGAGGAGGGCAUGGUGCCAUUUGUGUUUGUUGGGACGAAAGAGAGCAUUUCAAAUGCUCGUAUACUGCUGGACUACCAUCUCAACUAUCUGAAGGAGGUGGACCAGUUGCGGAUGGAGAGGCUACAGAUCGAUGAACAGUUGAGGCAGAUUGGUGGAGGACCCAGAGCUCCUCCAGGCAGGCCUGAGAAGGAAAAGCCCUUCAGCGCUGAUAAUGGCAUGGGACCUUCACGAGGAGGCAAACCCUUUGGCCGCGGUGGCAGAGGAAGACGAGGCCCUACGUUUGCUUCAGGUACCAACUCUGAAGCUUCUAAUGCAUCAGAAACCGAAUCUGACCACAGAGAUGAGCUGAGUGACUGGUCCCUGGCCCCGACAGAUGAGGAGUCUAUGGGAUACCCUAAACGAGUCUCGGACGGGCGCAAGCGGGGCGGAGGCACCCGGGGUCGAGGAGGAAGAGGCAGAGGAGGAGGGGGUUACAAAACUGAAGAAAUGCACUGGAGUGAGUCCCGCUCCCGCAACUCCAGAGACUCCAAGCCAAGGCCUCAGGAGGAUUCCCUGCAGAUUCGAGUCGACAGCAAUAACGAAAGAAGCGUGCAUGCCAGCCGAGCCCCGCAAGCACCCACCGGAGACGCCGGAGCCCCCCGACAGCGGCCCGUUAAGGAGCGAGGCUUGAAGAAAGAGAAGCAGGACGGGCAAGACGGCCAAGUUGUAGUGAACGGGGUGUCAUAAACUAGAGAGCCCCAGCCUCACCCUUCAGUCUCCCACUCAACUUCACCAAUCCAGAAGCUUCUUCAUUAGAGACAUAUUAGGCCAAAGACAACCAGGUCAGUAGGGCUGUCGCAAGACAUGACAUCAAGCACAUUUUGUAAUUGCUAAAAAAACAAACAAAAAAAAAAUCUGGGGGUCAGUAGACAAAGGUCUCUGGUGGAUGGUCUCUGGUGUUGCAUUUUUGUAGUCUACAUUGCUUAGGGAAGCCGGUCUCUAAAUCAGAACAGAAGCUACAGGUUUUGUAAUUGACUCUCUAGGCAACUACCUAUGAAACUAACUGAAGCUGUGGGUGAAAUACGUUUAAAACGAAACAAAAAAAAAAACUGUGUGUGUUUUUCAAGUUUUACCUUCUUUUCGUUCUCCAUAAACUCAAGGACAAAAGAGGUGUUAGAGGUAUGAAUUCAGAUUCCGAUGUUUGAUGUUAGUUUCAGUGCCACUUCUCAUGGCAUAUAGAGUUCUUUUUUUGUUUAUUUAGUUUUUGUUUUAUUUUUGUUUAAUUUUCUACCCUUCGGUGUUCUAGAGCCCAUUCAGAUGUGAAGUCUCAGCCACAUCGCUAGCAAAAAAUAAAAAUAAAAGACGUAGACCUAAAAAUGCUCCUAUAUGAUCUGUGCCUUUUAACUAGUGUGGGUAGUUUCAGAAUUUGGAUGUACGAAUCAGGGAAGAAGACAUGAACAACACUUAUCCAACCAACGUUUGUGUUGCGUUUUCAGAUCUCAGCCAGCCACUGAAAAAAAAAAAAAAAAAAAUCAUAGAGAAAAAAAGAGCAACCUUUUUUGUGGUGCAUGUACAGUAUUUCAUACCCAUCAUUUUUGUACAUCUAAAACGCAGGACUCCAUCGAGUCUCUGUUUAUGGUUUUUCAUGUGGCUGAGAUUUGAGUUUUGAGUAGAGAUAAUUUUUCCAGAACGUUCUCCUGACCAAGUCAUGGACGUAUUGAUGUAUCGUAGUCAACCACUUUUUUAAUGAUGCGAUUCUUUUGGAUAAAAUGUGUCGAACCACAUCAGAGGUGUUUGGGUUGAUUUCUGUUUCUUUCUGCACUCGUAAAAAUCGAGCUGUUUCCACUGGUUCUUUGAGUAAUUCCAUAGAGGACCUAGUUUUCCAAUUUUAGUUCCAUAAAUAGAGGAAACCGUGAUUGGACCAGAGAUUUUAGUGUGGAGGACCAUUACAUUGGACAUUGUACAUUUAACUACAGUUUUUAGAACUUUUAAUAAAAUUUCUUUACACUCUGUUCUUUCAUUUACACUGAAGUCUCUGAUACAAAUGUGGUUUGAUCUUUAUUGGUGGAAUAUGAACACUGCAGCAUAAUAAUGCGAUUACAUAUUAGCAAUAGACUGUUUUAUUCUUAAGAAUAUUCAAAUUCAAAACAGUUACCUAUUAAAUGUGCCAAAAAAAAUAAAACAAAUAAAAUAAAUCUGUUUUUUUUUUGUAUACAUAUUGACACAGUAGACAUACUGGCUCAUUCAUAUUAUACAUAUUAUUGGGAUCUCAUUAUUAAGUAAUUAAUAAUAUAAUUAAUAAUACAGUAGCAUAAUUAUGCAUUUACAUAUUACUCUUCAAAAAGCAGUAAAUGUUUCAUUAUUAAAAGUAUUCAGACCUUUGAACUGGAAUAUAAAAUUGUUAAAUGUUAAAUAUCCUCUAUAUAAAUAAAUGUCCUCUAUAUCCUCUAAAUAAAACCCUAAAAUAACCUUUUUUUAACAUACUGGUUCGUUUAACACAAUGAGCAAUAUUUUUUAUAGUAAUAAUUAUUGCUGUAUUUUUUUUCAUGUCAUCUAAUUACACUGAUAUAAUAACAAGACAAUAGCAUAAUAAAUUAAAUUGAGUUACUCAUUACACACUUUUCAAAGAGCAAUGAAUGUUUAAUUGUUAAAAAGUUUCAAACAUUAGAAUUUAAUAAUAUUAAGUUAAAUAUCCUAAAUAGAUAAAAUCACUGCAUUAAAAAAAAAACAUAUUUAAUGGAUUUACCUCACCAACCAAGUAAACACAUUAGUUUUAUUGAGGUUGUGCUGAUAUAUUGCACGAUAAAUUUAUAAUAUAAUUACUGUGAUGGACCUUUAUGGGUGUUCUUUCUGGAAAAAAAGUGCUACUUAUAUGGCAUCACUCAAAGAACCAUUAAAAGCAUCUUUAUUUAAGAGUGCAGGUUCUCGUUGUGACGUAAUCAUCCUCUUUAUCUGGUCUUGGUCAGAUUUGUUUGUUUGUCUUUCUCCCCUCGAAUCUGUUACACUUUCUACUAUAGUAUUUCUAGUCUGUACCAUCCAAAAAAAAAAAAAAAAAAAAACUUUAGAAAUAAUGAACAUAAUGUUUAUUUCCCCCCACAUUAUCUGUCAAACAGGGUGAACAUGACAUUUUUGAACCCCCAUACUGGCUACACUAUACUGCCAUCUGUCCUGCUGUAUUUUUUUUUUUUUUUUUUUUUUUUUUUUUAUAUCUUUUUUUUUUCUUCAGUGUCAUGUUCAGGUGUGAAACACCGCUAUGAAAUCUCUUUCUGUAACCGUGUCACUGUCCUUACAAAUGGAUCUCUAUGGAUCAUCAUACAAUCGAUAGAGAGCGUUUAGCAGCAGCGGGGAUGCAUACUGUAUAUUAUAUCAUUUGUUAAGAGAUCGAUCGUCGCUGUUUCUUUUGGAUUGAAAACUUUAAAUGUGCACUUAUCAUGUUUGUGUUACUCUGCAAGUACUUAAUCUAUUAAACUCUAAUAAACUAGAAUGUGAUAAGACUUCUCAGCAGGUGAAUCACAUGUAUGCUGUCAACAUAAUGAACUGAAGUUUAGAUAUCUUUGCUAAUUUUGAGUCUACUGUACUUUUUUCGCAGCUCGAAGCGCUUAGGGGAGGGGGACGACAGUGAGAAAGAGAGAGUGAGAGAGGGAGCGAUAGAGGUGACGUGACGUUUUUAAGUUAAUGCUAAUGAAACCGUUUGUCUUAUCUUAUCUGAGCAGUGCUUGUGCAUUAACCUCUAUAGGUUUACACUUUCGAGAAGAUGUAAUGCUGUUCUGAACCCACAGCCGUUUAGUUUAUCUGUUUUUCUGCCCUUUCCUUUCUUUUUUGGGGAAACUUACUGUGACAGUAACCCUGGUAGUACUUUCUGCACUCUCUGAUUUUGCUGUACAGCUAGUAACCAUUAAUUUACAGCCAGUUAGAUUCAGUUUUUUUCCUCCGUUGCUGUACGCUUGCUAAACUCUCUCUUUGGCGGUAAAAGGAAAAAAAUAGACAGCCCUACUUGUUGUGGCUUAAACCACAGUCUUGAUGUGAUUCGCCUGGAUCAAUAUCUUAUGAAAAUGAAAAGGAGACUCCAGUGUUCUUAGCAUGAUGUAACAUGCAAUUUCUUACUACAGGCACUAAUUUUGACGCUAUAAAAAAACAGAAUACAUGUUAAAGAAGUUGGGGAACAAAUGGGCCCCAGAAGUAAGUUACCAUUGGUUGCUGUUAUAAAUGUGCUCUGUUCUUUGCUAUACUCUUAAAAAUAAUGGUGCUACAUUGGGCUGUUUGAUUGAUUGCCAUGGGAAAAAAAAAACAUUUUUGAUUCUAUAAAGAACUUUUAAAUUGGUUCAAAAAAGGUAAAAGGUGCAUUAUGCAUGGGGUUGAAAGGGCAUAGGUUUGUCACAUUUGACGUUACUUAAUGUUUCUAUUAAUAUCUUUAAUAGCAAUAAUACAGUGCAGAAAAAAGGUUUACAAAUUGGCUCAAUCUUUACCUCUUUCUAAUUUAAUUGCAUCAUAUCACAAGAUUGUAUGUGACUCAAAUCCGGAGUUACAAGGUUAUAAACAGGGUAGUGAAUUCCAUUGUGCCCCAGUGCCUCAUUCUCAUUCUCUUGAAACAAGUUUAAUUGGAAGGCUGUAUUUAACCCCUUAAUCUGUUGAUCCCUCUCUUCAUCAUCUCAUCACUAGAUUAUAGUCUGUUAAAAUCAGUUUUAUUGGCCCUAAAAAAGAGCCCUGUGGGAUGCCACAAGAUGUACUAAACCAAACUGCUAUCAAAUAAUUCGCAGUAGUUUAUGCGAGGAACAGACUUUAAUUAGUAUUAAGUUUAUUGGUGAUUUUCUGAAUGUCCAUGGGGCAGUUUCUCACAUAGGCAAAACAUAGACAUGUGCAAAUCCACCAGUUACAAAUGAGGGGCUAAUGGCAGAUUCACAAUUGGGCAAGUGGUAAAGGAUGAGCUUUUAUUUAGCUUUGCCGUAUUAAAGGAGAACUCCUGUGUGAGAUGGACAUGGUGUGUAGUGAAACGUGGUAACGAGGUUGAACUUUUGUCAAAUAUCCCACUUCCGUUCAUCCCCAGCUUUCUGGAAUAUUUUACCCGAUGCUCCCAACAGCCUUACAAUGCUAGUGAUGGGGGCAUAUCACUUCCCAUGUAAAAAAAAUAAUAAAUAUUAUAGAGAUAUUUUCAGCAACAGCUGGAAUUCAUGCAUUCCCACAGAAUUCGUUUUACAUUGUUCCCCUACCCAGAGAGCUUCCUCUAGGUACUGUGAGUAUAAACAGUGUUUUAAUAAACUAACUGUGAAUUUCAAAUUUCUCAGUGCCUCGUUUUAAAUGUCAGGGCCCUCAAUGAAGUGUGGAUCUACUUUGAGCUAGUUAAUGGUGUAAAAAUAGCUAUUUCUUUGCAUGGCCAAUGCUAUGCCCCUAUCCCCUAUCACCAGCAUUGUAAGCCUUUUGGGAGUGCUUUGCUAUAAUCGAUGUAUUUCAAAAUGCUGGAGGUAAACAGAGGUGAGCUACUCGACAAACUAUUGUACUUGAUAUCAUGUUUAAUUUCACCCCAAGUCCAUUUCACAAGGCAGUUCUCCUUUAAUCCAAAGAUAUUGCUGGAACAAAAGAGAAAAUUUCAAUUUGGUGUAUCGCCGUGUUCCUUAACCUCUGAGAGAUAACCUUCAUAAGGUUCUCCUCACACACCUCUUUUAUUAAGAAUUUUUUUUUUUCUGUGGCGUUGUUUAUAAACAAAGAAAAGCCUGCGUAGUAGCACCCUUAUUUUGUAAGAGUAAGAGUUCAAAAACAAGAAACUGUGUCAAAAUUAGAACAGUCUGUAGUGAUCUACCAAUGUAGAAGAAAGAGUCUGCAUUGAAAAAUACUGGAGUCUUUCUUGGAGUCAGACAUUGAAGGCUUAGAGAAAAAGGUGCAAACCUUCUACCGACGUUUUCGAUAGAACGCAAGGUUCGCAAGACAACUAAAAACUGAUCUUCUUCUAAAAACGUACAAAACCAGAUCGAGCCAAGCUGGUAAAGCUUUGCUACAGGCAGCGGAUUUACCGAGACAGGAGUGAAGGAAAGCUGCCACCUCUCGUAACUCCUGAGCUAAGACUAUAAGAAGUAACGUCAACCACCGAUAAACGGUUUACUCUCAGUGAUUUUACAGCCUGCUGAUCUGAGACGGGCUGGAGGCUGACGAGAUUCACGACAGUCUGUCAUCGGAUAAGAGAAAAAAAAAAUCUAAAAACUACUCGCGUCUCGCAAGCGUUGCCAAACAGACUGUUUUCUAGCUAUUUAUUUGUCGGAGAGCAUCUUAUGAAUUUACAGGACGAUGAAAACGUGCAAAAAAAAGAAUAAAAAAAAAGAAAAGAAAACGUCUCUUGCUCACUUUGUAAGCUCGUAAGUCGUGGUCAAAAAAGAUGAUGGUGGUGAUAAAUUGAACAGGAGAAUAAAAAAAAAAAUAAACCAUGGAAAAACUGUAGAUACUGAACCAAGGUAGACUGACCUUGUGUGUUACUGCACUUUGGGUAAUAAUUUCUUUGUACAUAAUAGCGGAACAGACUGGGUUUUAUGUUGACAUUGUUUGGUUAUAGUGCAAUAUAUUUUGUAUGCAAGCAGUUUCAAUAAAUAAAGGUUGAUCUUCCUCUGCAAGCUCAAGUGCGUCUUUCUCCUUCUUCUUGGAACUGAACUUGACUGCUUUUACACGCCAUAUGUCCUGAGGACAUACUGUAAAUACAGCCUGACUCCGUGCUUUGUUGGGCAAUUUGCCACGGUGUUAAAACUUGUGGGAAGAAAUGUAUGAAAAAAACACCCAAUUUUAGAUUCUGUAAAGAAGAUCUACACAGAACUACUUUUUGAAAUUAAGUGUAUUGACCCAAAGGAACCCAUGGUAAUGUACACUGCCUGUAAUAAAAUAUUAAAGAGUGUGACCUUUUUUUUUUUUUUUUUUUUUUUUUUUUUUUUUUUUUUUU